CGGGGACAGGCGUGCUGGCCAGUGAGCUGCGAGGUGCGCCGGAUAUCCGCUCUUAGGCGGAAGCGGCUAGAUGACGCCUGUUGUCAGUAGGAUAAGUGGCGUAAUAUUCCCUAGAGUAACGGAGUCUGACAGUGAGGUGGAUCUUCCAGAACUGAAAUGAUGAACCCUUUCUGGAGCAUGCCGUCCGGGUCUGUGCGGAAGAGACCAGACAGCGAGGAGAAGAUCGGUGCGGGGGACCAAAAAAUCAGCCCCCCUCGUUCCUCCUCAAGCAAGAAGCAGCUCCCUUCCAUCCCCAAAAAUGCCGUUCCCAUCACAAAGCCCAUCUCCCCGUCCCCGUCCGCGCAGUCCACAAACGGCACCCACGCUUCGUAUGGCCCCUUCUACCUGGAGUACUCUCUGCUGGCGGAAUUCACCCUGAUGGUAAAACAGAAGCUCCCUGGGGUGUACGUGCAGCCGUCGUACCAGUCCGCCCUCAUGUGGUUUGGGGUCAUAUUUAUUAGACAUGGACUCUACCAGGACGGUGUGUUUAAAUUCACCGUCUAUAUCCCUGAUAACUAUCCCGAUGGAGAGUGUCCGCGCCUCGUGUUCGACAUCCCAGUCUUCCAUCCGCUAGUAGAUCCGGUCUCCGGCGAGCUUGAUGUUAAGCGAGCGUUCACCAAGUGGAGGAGGAAUCACAAUCACAUAUGGCAGGUGCUGAUGUACGCACGGAGGAUCUUCUACAAGAUAGACACGACCAGUCCGUUUAACCCCGAAGCUGCCGUGCUCUACGAGAAGGACGUCCAGCUGUUUAAGAGCAAACUGGUGGAGAGUGUUAAGCUAUGCAACAGUCACUUAUUCGAUAAGCCGAAAAUAGACGAUCCCUACGCCAUUAUCUUUUCUCCUUGGAAUCCAGCGUUACACGACGAAGCCAGGGAAAAAAUGCUGGCGCAAAAAAAGAAGUCAGAAGAACAAAGUAAAGGUCUCCACGUGUCUGGAUUAUCUUGGGUGAAACCCGGCUCUGUCCUGCCCUUCAGCAAAGAGGAGAACGCUCUGCAGACAUAGUGCCGGCUCUGCGCACUUCGGCACCAGGCAAAUAUGUGGACUUGAUCUCUAAUUUAAUUGUGAAAUUAACUGUAUGCUGGGGGUUUGGCCCUUCUGGCCGUGGAGAAGUCUCCUAAUCCGUUUUUAUUUUCCUCUCGUG